CCAGGUUCCCUGCCCUCGAAACCACUCCUCCCUCUCCGGGACGUCCCGGCGGAGGAUCGCUGGGAACCUGCGACGCGUUGGCCGGCGCCCCGCAGCCAGAUCACAGCCCGGUCCCCCGGUGCGCCCGCUCUCCGCGGGACAUCCCCCUUCCCCACCCCCCCAGGUCCGCACCAACCCGCUGAGAUGUUGCCCUUCACCGGCUGCUCCUGGGAUGUGCCGGCGUUGACGGAGGAAAAGAGCCGGGAGGCGGAGGGACCCCCAGAGGAAGAGGCGGUCGACCCAGGGACCCUGGGGCUGGUGGCUGAGAGGAUCCGGCUGUUUGAAAACGGCAGGCUGCACGCCUGGGAGGGGCCAGGCCCGUCGGCCUACCCCUGGGGACAGGGGACGAAGAAGCGGAGGUCGAGGACCCUGGGACACCAGGAGUUGGAGAGGGUACAGCAGCUGACCCGCAAGCUCACGGACUACAGCAUGUUCGGCCUGCCCCGUCUCCCCGAGGUUCAGCGGCGGUUGUGGGCGGUGGGGGAGGGGCUGAGCAGCUCACUCAGCCCCCAGUCGUCCUGGAGGGACUUUGUUCCCGGACACGAGGCUCUGUCUCGCCAACAGAGGCACCUGCAGGAAUCAAUAUGGGAGCUGAUCCAGACUGAAGCGGCCUACCUGAGGAACCUGGGUAUCAUCACCGACCUCUUCCUCGCCGGAUUACUGAACCUUCAGUCCUUGGGACUCCUGUUGGACGUGAGUCCCGGCUGCAUGUUCAGCAACCUGCCGGACAUCGUGCGGGCCCACCGCGCCUUCUGGAGGGAGGCCCUGUCCCCGUUCCUGGCCCAGUCGCGGCAGAGCGGGCGGCUGGACCCCGUCCGGCUCAACCAGGCCUUCAGCACGUUCUGCAGCCGGUUUGAGUGUUACUGGACCUACUGCCUCUCCGAGGGCUCCUGCCUCUCGUACACCCGCCGGACGCAGGCGGACAACCCCCGCUUCGCCAUCUACGUCAAGUGGGCAGAAACACACAAGCAGGGGCACCGGAUGAGACUGGGAGACGCCCUGGUCAAACCCCAUCAGCACCUGACCCGCUACCCGCUCCUGCUGCGGGCCGUCCUGCGCCGGGUCGAGGGGGAGGCGGCCCGGGACGGCAUCUCCGCCACGAUUAACACCAUCGAUACCUUCAUACGAUCGAUCGACUCGCAGAUGCACAUCAGGGCCGAGCGGAACCGACUGCUGGAGCUGGCGGACAGUCUCCGAACCUACGAGGUGGUGGAUGGAAUUAGUGAGGAGGUAGAUCAGCACCUCCAGGAGUUCUCGCGUUUCGAUCUGUUGCAGCCGGUGGCGGGCUGCGGGCCGGACUGCGUUCGGGGCCUGGUGUUGGCGGGGCAUCUGCGGAUGAGGGAGAGCCGGGACAGUAAGAUCGAUGUUCACUGUCUGCUCCUCACGGACAUCUUCCUCAUCACCAAAACACUCAAGAAGAGUAAAAAGGCCAAAGUCAUCCGCCAGCCCCUGGUUCUCGACAAGCUCGUCGUGAGAGAGCUCAGAGAUCAAAUAUCCUUCCUCUUGAUGUACAUCAGUGAUCUGCAGUGCCUGGUGUCUGCCCACGUGUUCCAGUGCCCCAGUCGCGAAUCCCGCCGAGAGUGGGUAACCUCCCUCAUUUCCACUCAGGAGCGACUGGAGGUUCUGAGGACGAAGGCGACCGGCCUGGGGCGGCCUGACUACGAGGCGGCCUCGCCGGAUGGUCCGACCGCGGAAGGGGGCAACGAUAUCGGCGUCGCGCCGGCUCGCGAGGCGGAGGAGGCCAGCUCCCCCGCACCCCUUUGCUGUCCCACCAGCCCGGAAGGAGAGGACAGGCCAUCGAUCCCCGUCGUGCUGGUGACUCCUCCGGCCGAGCCGACAACGGAGACGGGCCCCGGGCAGCAGGAGGGGGCCCGCGGAUCCCCGCUCGCCCGCAGACCCCCGCUCGCCCGCCGCCGGCCGCGCUCCUGCUCCCCGCGCCUGGUCGGCACCCAGCGGCGCAUCCACAGGCAGCUGAGGAGGGCGGAAAACGGGACGUGGGAGAGGGAGAGGGGCCAGGCCCGGGACGCGGGUGACGAACUCCAGCCCUGGGACUCCAGAUCCCAGUGGGGGGAAAUCGGGCCCCCGGAUCCGAGCGGGCUGCACGCCGCCGGGCGGCGAACCGAGGGCCGGGACGCGGGUCUGGAGCCGGCUGGGAGCGAGGGGGAGCCGGGUUCACGGGUCCAGGAAGAACGGGGCGAGUUCCAGCCGUCCCGCGACGGGAUCGCGGGGGAAGACCGGACGCCCCAAGCGGGCAGCUACGUGCAGGAGACACUGCAGAGGGCGAGGGCCCGGGAGAGCCGGGGGCCGGAGACGGAGACGGGGCAGGCCGAACUCCCACCCGACCAAUCGGUCACCGAGAUGUCUCACUCCUCGGUCGAACUCGACUGCACUCUCAGCACAACGGAGGUCUAAUUUUUCCACCUCUGCCCUCCCGUCACACGGAAUAGGGGAGGUGUCGGACCUGGCGAAGGGCGGUGGGGAGGCGAGGCUCCAGCGUCCCAUCUCCCGACCACAGCCUCGGCCAAAUCGACGCCCUGGGGAGGGCGUGGGCCCGUGGUCGGCAGAAAAGUCGGGGGGGGGGGGGUUUGGUCAAAGCCUCCCCGACUCGAGGGUGGAUCGUUGGUGAGGGGCCGAGGCGGUGACUGUUCAUCUGGGACCGGCCCGGUGCCCGUGGAGCCGACGGGGUCGAGAAGGACUGGGUCCCUCCCUGGGGGGGCGCGGGUGAAGAUGUCAAUUUCUAUGUACUUCCCAAUACACACACACUCUCUCCCUCUCUCUUUUCCUCUCACACCACCACAUCUUCAAACCUCUCGCUGGCGGCCGCCCUCUCUCACUCAGUCUCACUCUCCUUCCCCCCCUCUCCUCGCUCUCUGCCACCAUCUCCCCAUCCGUCUCGCUUCCUGCCGCCCUCUCUCCCUCUUCCACACCGCCUCUCUCUGUGACGCUCUCUCCCUCCCUCCGUCUCGGCCGCUGGCCGCCCCCUAUCUCUCUCCCGCCCUGUCUGUCUGUCUGUCUGUCUGUCUGUCUCUGUCUCUCUCUCUCUCUCUCUCUCUCUCACGCCAUCCCUCUCCCACACGCCCCCAGAGUCCGUGAGGGGUCCUCAGAACCGCGCUGCCCACCUCAGUCAGAGGCCCUCUCGGACAGGCACCCCGGCGGAAAACAGCGUCGAAAGACUCCCGCCGGUGGCUACAGGUUCUCUCCGUGGGAAAUAAACGGACUCGUGACUGCCUGAUGUUUUGACUGCGUAGUUUCUGACACGCACGCCGGACGAAAGGGUUAACAGAGAAUGCCUGCAGCACCAUACAGGCCCUUCGGCCCACAAAGCUGUGCCGAACACAUCUUCACCUGAGAAAUUACGAGGGUUACCUAUAGCCCUCUAUUUUUCUAAGCUCCAUGUACCUGUCCAGGAGCCUCUUAAAAGACCCUAUCGUAUCCCCCUCCACCACCGUCGCCGGCAGCCCAUUCCACGCACUCACCACUCUCUGUGUAAAAAAACUUACCC